GAGAGACUGAAAUGGAAGAUGUGUUGAUAUUAGGUGAGGAAAGACAAACAUCUCCAUCAUCACAAGCAAGAAAACGAAGAAGAACGGAAAUAGGAAGAGAAGACCAACAUUCUGAUGAAGAACCAUUGACAAGAAAAGAAAAAGAUGACCGAAUGCUAAAUUAUUUAAAAAAAAUUGAUAAGGAAGUCGGAGACCUACGAAAGGAAAUGGUUGACAUCCGAAAAAAAAUUGAAAGCAAUAAAUUAUGGGACGAGAUGUACGAUCCAACUUUCGUCAAUAAAAUUGUCAACGAAAUUGUGAACAAGACAAUUUUGGAAACAAUUUACCCAAGUGACGAAGUAUUGAAAGCAAUUGCUGCGGACUAUGUUAUUCGAAAAUAUCCGGAGCUUUUCGAAAAUUGGAACGACAAACGCUGGACGUUUUAUUACGAUUUAACUAUUCAAAAAAAAUUAAUAGAAAGGCAUCGGUCAAGAAGGGGAACUAUGUCUUCGCAAAUCAAAAAAUCAAUAUUUGCGGUAUUUCGAAAUCUUCCACGAAUAACUAUGAAGGCACCACCAAGCGAGAUUAAAAACUGGAAGGAAAAACGUGUAGUUAAAGAAUGUUACGAAAAGCUGCACACAAGUAUACCAGAGGAUGAAAAUGAAACCUGGUGUGGAAAGAUCAUCCAUGAAACAUGGCCGGACGCCGAAAAAAUAUCUAAAGAACAAAUAGCAUUUGCGGUGGCAUUAUGCGAAAGUUUUUUAAAUCCAGAUAAUGAAAUUAUAAAAAAUGAUAGUAAAUAUUUAAGUAAAAAAAUACGAAAAAAUAAAAAAAAAAUGGAAAGAGGCGAAAAAUUUGAUUUAAGAGAAUCAGAGUCUAGCGAAGAAUCGGAGAACGAAGAAGAAGGAGGAGGAGAAAGAGGAGGAGAAAGAGGAGGAGAAAGAGGAGAGGAAAGAAGAAGUGAAAGAAGGGAGGAAAGAAGAGGGGAAAGAAGUGAGGAAAGAGAAGAAGUUGAAAUCAUAUUUGAAGGACAAAGCAUAAAUUAG